UCUGAAGUUAAUUAUCAUGUUUCAUUCAGAACUGUGUCACUUCACCUCAGAGCUGCCGUAUGUUUCCCAUUCAGAAGCAGUGAGUCACUUCCAGCCAUCGCAGCAGCUGGCGGAUCAUUUAACAGAGGUCCUACCUCAGCCCAAGUCCUGUUGUUUGGAUCUGUCCCGUCCAGCGCUCAUUUCUGCCGAGACAAGACGCCAAUCCACAGGCUGUGCAGGUUGUAGUGACACGAGACUAAAGGAAAGGAUGUGUGUGUAUAAGCAAUGUGAAUGGAAACACUGAAGCCUUCAUCCUCCAUCAGCUGUGGUUCACAAUAAAACUUUUUAACUGAACCUGUGCAACAAAAACAACUGCACUAAUCCAAAAUGGCUGCUGUCAGCAUGUUGCUGCUGCUGCUGGCGGCGGCAGCGGGCGUCUGCAGCGGGAGUCUGGUUGUGACAAACUCGGGCGUGGAGGUCAGCAGGGGUCGAUCGGCGUUUGUCACAGAGAAGGAGCUGAAGAUCAGCGUGGAUGCGACAGCAGACUGUAAGGUGGAGGUGGUGAUGAACGAACCCGUCACUCAGAGAGUGGGAAGGCUGACUCCACAGGUGUUCGACUGCAGCUUCCUAGAGGACGAGGUGAAAUACGUCCACAAUGGCAGUCCUCUGCUGGACGAGGACACAGUGAUGCUGAGAGUCUACAGGUUCACGUCCUCGGACACGCUGGUGGAGACUGUGGUUCUGCCGGUGCGGGUGGUGGACUCUGGGUCUGGUGUGGUGGAGUUGGGCAGCGCUCCGCUGGUGGUUCCUCAGUUCUACGGUUUAUCCAACGUCAUCGACAGCUCCGUCCUGAACAUCCGGACCACAGCCAACACGGUCUGCAUCGUCAGACUGAUGACCACCGACGCCAGCGUCCCCUCUCUGGGUCAGCUGGUGAGGGAGGAGGACUUCGCUCAGAGGAAGGGCAGAGAGACGGCGGCGCUCUGUCCAGGAAACAAACCCUGUCUUCACGACACCAAGGAGGUUCGUUUCCUUAAAACCAGCUGCCAGGACUUCCUGAGCUCCGGUCUGAAGUACCAGCACCUCAGCCCUCCGUCACCAGAGAUCGACUACAUCCCCAUCAGCGUGGAGCUGAGGGAGCAGGGCACCAGGGUGCUGCUGGAGACAGAGUCAGUGUGGUUGCCGGUUCUGAUCCACGGUGCGAUGCAGAAUCAGCCGCCCCAGGCCGCCUUCAUGGCCUCCUUCAUCCUGGAGGUGGACCAGUUCAUCCUCACCCCACUCACCAUCGCCACUAUAGACGCCAAGGACCACGAGACGCAGCAGGAGAGGCUGGUCUUCAACAUCACCGCCCCGCCCACCGACGGCUACGUCACCCACCUGGACGACCACACUAAGCCCAUCCGCUCCUUCACCUGGCUGGACCUCCAUGAGAUGAAGGUGGCCUACCAGCCACCCAACAGCAGCCAAUCACACCGCAGGAACUAUGAGGUGGAGUUCCAGGCAAUAGACGGUUCAUAUAUGACUAGCCCGCCCAUCAUGGUCCACAUUUCCAUCAGGGUGGCUGAAACAAACGCACCCAGAGUCUCCUGGAACAUGGGCUUGGACCUGUUGGAGGGUCAGUCCCGACCAAUCACGUGGGAGGAGCUGCAGAUAGUCGACAGCGACAACAUAGAUGCGGUCUACCUGGUGGCCGUGGAUGGACCUCUUCAUGGACGCCUUAGUGUCAGAGGUGGGAAGGCGUUCAUGUUUCGUGUGCGGGACCUGAGGGAGGGCGUGGUCGUCUACCAUCACUCCGACAGCGACACCACCCGAGACCACAUCGUCUUCCGCAUCAGCGACGGCCGUCACAGCAUCCGCCACAAGUUUCCCAUCAACAUCCUGCCCAAAGACGACUCUCCGCCCUUCCUCAUCCACAACGUGGCGGUGGAGGUGGAGGAGGGCGGGGCCGUGAGGCUGGAGGAGUACAUGCUCUUAGCCUCCGACCUGGACUCCAGCGACGACUACAUCCUCUACCAGAUGGUCUCCAGCCCCCGGGCGGGGCGGCUGGUCAGGAAGACCUCCACCCACGGGACGGGAUCUCCAGUGGACAGUUUCCUGCAGAGAGACCUGAUCCAGGGUCAGAUCUACUACCAGCACUCAGGGGAGGAACAGUUUGAAGACUCCUUCGACUUCACGCUGUCCGACAGCCACCAGCCGCCCAACCUCUCCCAGACAUAUACCGUGGUGGUCCAUGUUUUCCCGGUGAAGGACCAGCUUCCGGUGGAAGUUUCCGGCAGCGUUCGCUCUCUGACGGUGAAGGAGACGGAGGUGGUUUACGUCACUCAGGCUCACCUGCACUUCACUGACCGAGAGCAUCCGGACACGGACCUGAUCUACGUCAUCACACAGCCCUGCUUCAGCCCAAUGCAUCCUGGGCUGAUGGAUGCAGGACGAUUGUUCUACACAGACAGCACCAGCAGCAUGAAGAGAGACCACAUGGUGCCGGUGUUAAAGUCCUUCACACAGCACGCAGUGAACCACAUGAAGGUGGCCUUCAUGCCUCCCGUGGAGGACAUCGGCCCGGAGCCGCUGUUCGUCCAGUUCGUCUUCUCCGUCAGCGACCACCACGGCGGCACCGUCUCCGGCCUCCUCUUCAACAUCACCGUCACCCCCGUGGACGACCAGGCGCCAGAGGCCUUCACCAACCUGCUGCGGGUGGAGGAGGGCGGAGGGGCCUUCGUGACGGAGGAGCACCUCCUGGUUCAGGACCGGGACAGCCGGGAGGAGGAGCUGAGGGUGGAGGUUCAGAGGACGGCUCGUCGCGGCCGGCUGGAGCUGCAGGGCCGAACGCUGCUGCAAGGAGACGGGUUCACCCUGCAGGACCUGAGAGGACUCCGGCUCCGGUACAUCCACGAUGACUCCGAGACCACUGAGGAUGAAGUGGAUCUGAAGGUGACGGACGGUGUGAACUCAGCAGACGUCGUCCUGCUGGUACAGGUCCUGCCGAUGAACGAUGAACCUCCCCAGCUGGGUGGGGGUCUGCGGGGGGAGCUGAGCUGCGAGGAGGGGGGGCAGGUCCAGGUGACGGUGGACUACCUGUCGGCCACAGACCGGGACAGCGAUGACUCCAGACUGACCUACAUGCUGGCUCGGAGUCCAGCCAGAGGGGAGCUGCGGAGAGCUGGACUCACCGUGGACAAGUUCUCCCAGCAGGACCUGCUGCAGGGACACAUCCACUACGUCCACACAGGCGGGGAGAUCGGACCUCGGCCCGUGUUUGACACAGUCACCCUCAUCAUCUCUGACGGCGAGGCUGGAGGGACGGACAGCUGUUGCAACGGAGACGCCCCGCCCCCACCCGUGCCUCUCCACGGCACGCUUCCUGUGUACGACCUCAACGUCACGGUUCAUCCCGUCAACAACAAAGUCCCCGCCGUCACUCUGGCGUGGGAGUGA